AUGGAUGCGGCUAUGCAGGCAACAGCCGAAGCUCUGGGAAACCAAAUGAACAAUGGGAAUAAUGGCAAUAAUGGCGAUGAGGGCCUUAUGACGCUUUUUUCUUUCCCGAAGGUUCAUCCUCCGACCUUCAGAGGAACCUCAAACCCCACCGAUGCGGACAACUGGAUUCAGGCUAUAAAGCGAGCACUACAGGCUCAACAGAUUCCUGAAGAGCAGUGGAUUGAGUUUGGAACUUAUCAACUACAAGGCGAGGCCCAGCACUGGUGGCAGGGAACACGGCGAAUCCUGCAGCCAGAUGUUAGAAAUGCUAAGGAACUUGAACUACUUCAGCUGAAACAAGGUCAGAUGACUGAUACUGAGUAUACUAGCAUAUUUGAGGAAUUGUGUCGCUUUUCCCAGAUAUGUCAAGGAGCUCCUAAGGAUUUUGCUGAAUAG